GGCAGACGGACGGACGCACAGAGAGAGGAUUCGUUGCCAUGAAGAGCUGGUUGAUCCUGGUGUGGUUGGUGAUCUUCGCAGGCCAGGAUUGGCUGAAUGGGGCAGAAGGGGACAAACAGUGCCCUGCUUCCAAGGUCCCCCCACAAGCUGCUGGCCACGACUCCACAGGAGGUAAGGAGGCCAACAAUGGGACCCGCCAAGAGGAUGUGAUUUGUCAAGAAGGCCCUGAGCAGACCGGGGAAGGCCCUGAACAGACCGGGGAAGGCCCUGAGCAGACCGGGAAAGGCCUUGAGCAGACCGGGGAAGGCCUUGAGCAGACCGGGGAAGGCCCUGAGCAUACCGGGAAAGGCCUUGAGCAGACCGGGAAUGGCCCUGAGCAGACCGGGAAUGGCCCUCAGCAGACCGGGAGAGGCCCUGAACAGACCGGGGAAGGCCCUCAGCAGACCGGGAAAGGCCCUCAGCAAACCUCAGGGAAGAGAGUGGAGGAUGGGAGGGAGGUGGAGGGGCAGGAGACCCAGCAGGGGCUGGUGCAGGAAGGGCCAGGGGGAGAGGAGUCCACAGGUUGCAAAGCUGCCUCCAGCGUGCCAGAGGGAGAAGGGGAGGCCGAUCGGGCUACUGGCAUGCAUGGCCAAGGACAUAUAUCAGAGAUCCAGAGUACCAUGGAGCUGGACAAGAAGCUAGACAAGGAGCUGUCCAAGAAGCCGGCCAAGGGGCUAGACAAGGAGUCGGACAAGGAGCUUGAAAAGGAGUUGGCCAAGGAACCAACCAAGGAGCCCACUGCAGCACCCACCACUGAGGCCACUACGGCGCCCACCACAACACCCCAGCGGUGCCCGCCCAGUGACCCCUGGGGAAGCUGUGGGGACGACUCCAAGGAGGAGAGCCCCAGGGUGGCAACGGCGCUGACUGAUUUUGCACUGAAGUUCUAUUCGAAAUUGGCCAAGGUGGAAGGCACUGGCUCCAACGUGGUCUUCUCGCCCUUCAGCGUGGCCCUGGCGCUCUCGCACCUCUUGCUGGGGGCCCGAGGCGAAACCAAAGGGCGGCUGGAGUCCAUCCUCUCCUACCCCUCAGAUCUCGCCUGCGUCCACGCUCCACUGCAGCGGCUCCUCAAAUCCCAGGCCUUGAUCUCGGCCUCAGCGCUCUUCCUCCGCCAAGGCCUGCACCUGAACGAAGCCUUCCGCAACCAGUCGCUGCACUUCUACAACAGCCGGCCCCAGAUGCUCAGCGGCAAUGAGACCCAGGACCUGCAACUCAUCAACAAGUGGGUGAGACAGAUGACCAAGGGCAAGAUCAAGAGGCUGCUGAAGGAGCUGGAGCCUGACGUCCAGCUGGUGCUGCUCAACGCUGUCUAUUUCCAAUCCAAGUGGAAGACGACCUUUAAAGUGAAGAACACAGUGAAUGAGACGUUCUACCGCCCGGGCCAGGCCCCCAUCCAGGUGCCCAUGAUGACCAGCAAGAAGUACCCGCUGGCCUUCUUCAAUGACCCCAGCCUGCAGGCCAAGGUUGGCCGGCUGCAGCUGUCCCACAACGUGAGCCUCAUAGUCAUCGUGCCCCAGCACGUGUCCCAGAUGCUCGCUGAGGUGCAGCAGAAGCUAACCAAAGAGACCUUCGCUGCGGUGAUGAAGAAGCUGAUGGGCGCCCCCUUCAAGCCCACCGUGGUGAGCCUGCCCAAGUUGAAGCUGGACAGCUCCCAGAACCUCUUGGACAUCUUGGGGGAGAUGGACUACGGCAUUUUCUAUGACUCGAACUUGUGCGGCAUCUCAGAGGCAGAAGAUCUGUUGGUGACGAGCGCCCAGCACCGAGCCAUGCUGGAGCUGAACGAGGAAGGGGUGGAGGCCGCAGCUGCCACGGCCUUUUCGGUGGCCCGCACUGCCUGGGUCUUCGACGUGCAGCAGCCCUUCCUCUUCGUGCUGUGGAAUGACGACCACAGCUUCCCCAUCUUCAUGGGCCACGUCAACGACCCCAGAGUGUGAACCAGCCCUCUCCACGCCCAGUGACACUUGCAUGGUAUGCCCUGGUGCCACAGGCACUGAACAGGGUGCCCGCGGAGUGCUGCUUGGCUGUGACGCUUUGAGUGGGGGGGAAUAUCUGUCUCUCUCUCUCUCUUUCCCCCUCCGUAUAUAACCAUCCUCAUGCACUCCCUUCUACCUCGCUAUCAAUCCCACACACAGCAUCUAUCAAGGGACUGACCUGGGAGGCAGUGUAGCCUAGUGGUUAGCACAGUGGACUGGGCCUCACAGAGACCUAGGUUCUGCUGCUAGGCGUCCUUGAUCAAGAGACGUUCUAGCUCUAUGCCUCAUUUUCCCCAUUCACAAAAUGGGGAUAAUGAUCCUGACCUGCUUUGUAAAGCACUAAAGAUCUGCUGAUGGAAAGGGCUGUAGAUGAGCUAGGGAUUAUUAUUAUCUAUCCAUGCAUCCCCAAUACAUAGCCUCUAUCUAGCUAUCUCCCAAUACACCCCAUUCAUCGCCACAGUCUGUUCUCUCUGGAUUUUCCUUCUGUCUCCCUCUCUCAUCCCCUUUGUUCCUCCCUCUCCCCACUUGACUGUCUGUAGCCUGUGACCAUCCCAGGCUCGGAUCUUCUGAAAUGUACAGGGAAGAGCUGAUCUGUGGGGGGUCCCUUCUCCCCACUCCCUCGACUCGGUCCCCCUCACAGCAGCCGCUGCCUCUUCCAACAGUAAAUAAAGUCUGA